CACAGAUCUGUUUCAGCAGGGCAGAGUAAAGAAGACAGGCAGACACUGGGAAAAAAAUCAGGGUUCAAAUGAAGGGAGAAAAGUUCAGAUAGACAAUAAAAGCAGGCUACAAGAGAAAAAUUUCAAAGGCAGGAAGAUAAAAGUGGGGAGAAAGUUAGGGUGAGAGACAGGCAGAGAUAUAUUCAGUUCUAAAAAGAAUGGGCUCCAGAAUGAGCAGUGCUCCUGCUCUUCUCCUAAGUUUCCUGCUGGCUUUAAUUUUUGGACUUUCUUCAGUCCUGGGACAGGAACUGAGAGAGAGGGAUGCACUAUGCAAUACCGACGGCUGCUUUGUGGUCUUCUUCCAACGCAAGACCUUUCUGGACUCAUGGAGAGCCUGCAAGGAGAAAGGUGGCAACCUAGCUACCAUUAAACGCAAGGAGGAUGCCACCGCUAUUGCCACUCUCUUCUCCACUCUGGAUCUACGCCACUUGCGCACCAAGGUCAGAGUAUGGAUUGGAUUGCAACGCCAGCCUCGCCAGUGUACCACCUCACGUCCACUACGGGGUUUCUCUUGGACUACUGGUGACCAGGACACGGAGUUUACCAACUGGCAGAAAGAGGACUCCCCUAGUAUGUGCUCGGUGCCACGCUGUGUGGUUAUGGGCUACAACACUGAAGAGAAGAAUAAUAACUUAAAGUGGCUGGAUGGUUCCUGCUCAGUCGUUGUAGAUGGGUAUCUUUGCCAUUAUGCCUACAAAGGAAUGUGUUCUGCCUUGUUGAGUGAAGGAGUCGGCAAUGCCCUCUACACAACACCAUUUUAUCUUCUAAGCACACUGCUAACCCAUGUACCCUAUGGAUCUGUUGCUACCAUGCCCUGCCCCGCAGACACCAAAGAGGAACAGUCAGUUUUGUGUAUCCUGAAGGAGGAUGACUCAGUGGGGUGGUCAAGAGAUCCCCCCCUCUGCUCUGAUCCCCCAGUAUCACACAACUUGUGUGACAAGGAUAACGGCGGAUGUGAACAUUUCUGCAGGCCAGGCGGGGUUUACUUCUACUGUGAGUGUAUGGAAGGGUAUCACCUACAAGACGAUGGGCUGAACUGUGAGCUCUCUGAUGUUUGUCAAGGGGCUCCUUGCGAGUUUGAGUGCCUGCCCCUUUCAGAUGGGUACCGUUGUGCCUGCCCUGAAGGAUACAUGCUUGCACCAGAUGAACGUGGCUGUCUGGAUGUAGACGAGUGCCUCCAAAGUCCUUGUGAGCAGCUAUGUUUGAAUGCUCCGGGGUCAUUUGAAUGUCGAUGUCGGGAGGGUUACCAUCCGGACGAUGAGGGUAGGUGUGAGGAUACAGAUGAGUGUAUAGAUGACCCAUGUGAACACGCCUGUGAGAACACUCAAGGCUCUCAUAUCUGCCACUGCCAUCUGGGUUUUUCCCCAGUGCCUGAAGACUCCAGCCACUGUCAAGACACUGAUGAGUGCCAGAUCCCUGGGACCUGUGAGCAGAUGUGUGUGAAUUAUGAGGGUGGAUUUCAGUGCUACUGCGACGAAGGCUAUGAGCUUAUGUCUGAUCAAUACUCAUGUCGCAAGACAGGAAAUGGAGAUGAUCCAUCUGCUGUCACUUCUCCUUUUCCUUGGGUCACUCACCAGCCAAGGCCAAGAUGGGACUAUGACUGGGACCUGCGGCAGAGCCACACUGACUGGCCUACAGAGGAGGAGCCGACUCUAGACUGGCUGACUGACCCACCCAGAGUUUUGGAUUCUGAUGUCAUUUGGGUCACCAGUGCCCCACAGGAGGAAGUGUCCUCUAAUUUAGCACUAGGCCCUCUAACACAGGAGGCUGAGGAAGACAAAGACAAUGGAGAAGCUGGCUACACCACACCUCCACCCACCACCAACUCCAACACUACCCCAGACUGGUACGAGGAUGAGGAGGAGGAGGAGGAGGAGGAGACCACCACAGCUCUUCACUUUCUUUCCACCUCUACAAUCUCCGAGGGAGCUUGGAAUUGGUGGCCAGGGCUCACCACUUCCAGCCAGAAACCAGGAAAUCCAGAGGAUUCAGUCAUGGAACACAACAUACCUACAGAUUCUAGCUACCCAAAUGAAGCAGAAGAACAGUACCCACAUAGGGAAAACUCUCAGUUCCCAGAGGAGAGCUAUGUGGAGAUCACACACUCCCAACUCCCAGCUGUUCCCACCCAGCUUACUCCUUCCCAGCCACCUCUGAGCAAGGGUGGAGAGAGCAGUGACAUUCCGGAUUCUGUCCAGAAAGACAGGGACCAGAAGCAGAGCACCACCUGGCUCCUGGUGGGCCUCCUGGUGCCCAUCUGCAUCUUCAUUGUGGUGAUGGUGGCGCUGGGCAUCGUCUACUGCACUCGCUGUGCUGUUCAGCCACGCAACAAGGAUGCCACUGACUGCUACCAUUGGAUCUCUGGGGCUCAUGACAAACAGGGAGCUCCUAACCCCUCAGCGGGGGUCAAGACCCAUGUUUAAAGAGAGAAGAGAGAGACUGACAUUUACAUAAACAGACUGCUUCAGAGGUAAACAAGAGUGAAUAAUGGACCUGGUAUGGGACAAGCUAAAUAUUUUACCCUCUCUGACUGUGGAUCUUUUUGUACACAUUUGGAUAGUACUGUUAAAUACUGAUAGAGGUGUGGAAGGGACAUUGAAAACCACACACCUUUUUUGGAAUGGAGUUGCUAUGUAUUAGAAACAGCUUUCAUGUUUCAUACACUGACCACACAGCACGAUCUGAUAGCUACAUAAUUAUAAAAUAUAACUGCCUUCAUUAUUAAUGUCAAACACUCUAAUAUUUGAGAAUAGUAAUAUCACAGACAGAGCCAGAUCCUGCAAAAAGCCUUGGAAUUCAAUGUACUGCCAAUGCUGAGGCUCAGUUCAUUAAGUUUAAGUUAAUUAAAAAUAGCACAUCACUGUUGAUAACUGUCACUGUCAACUGUGUUAAAGGGAUUUAGAUGCACUGUUAGCCCAUAUCAGCAGUGGGUGAAAGGAGACUGUAAGCAAAUAUCCCUUCAAGUGAAAAGACAUUCUGCAGUCAUAUGAUAAUGCUGGGAAAGCAAUCAUCUGAAAAUCACUGUGAUGGAAUUGAAUGAUAAGAGACAAAAAUUCUUUGUAUAUAGUGGUUCGUAUGUAUUGAUGUUUGUUUCAUACCUGUCACCAGCCAGUUUUUUGGGGGAAUGCAACAAUUGUAAUAAUUCAAUGAUGUUCAUUUUUUAAUGGACCCCAUAACCAUGGAGAUGUGCCAAGGAAUAUCUGUCACAAAAAUGAUUUUGCCCAUUCAUGUCCAGUUUUGGAGCACUUCUCCUUCUUUCUGUCUUUUUAAGAGAUUAAAGUGCAGAUUUACACAAUGCACAGGGAAUGUUGUAAGAACAGGUGGUUGACAUUAGCAGUGACGUUCAUGAAACGGCCAUCAGUAACCAUUUGUAAUCCUAAUUCAUUAGUUCAGGUUAUGUUUUAGACCAGCCCUGAACUGUCUCAUGGCCAUGUAAAAAGACAAUAAAAGUGAAGCACUAACAAAUUA